UAAAGGCUUCCGGUCUCCCACUGUCAACACUUGGCUCGAGCGCUGCUGCUGCGGAGCAACGAUGUCGGAGCCGGAGUCUCUGAGGUGCUCCAGCGCCAGAAACCGUGGAGGCGUACAGCGGGUUGAGGGAAAACUGCGAGCCAGCGUAGAGAAGGGGGAUUAUUAUGAAGCACACCAGAUGUACAGGACUUUAUUUUUUAGGUACAUGUCACAGGCAAAACAUGCUGAGGCCAGGGAGCUGAUGUACAACGGCGCUCUACUGUUCUUCAGCUAUAACCAGCAAAACAGUGCAGCAGACCUGUCCAUGCUGGUACUGGAGGUGUUGGAGAAAUCUGAGACAAAAGUUGAAGAUGAAAUAUUAGAAAGCCUGGCUAAGCUGUUCAGCCGGAUGGACCAGAACUCUCCAGAGAGAGUCGCGUUUGUGUCCAGAGCCUUGAAAUGGUCCACAGGAGGGUCCGGCAAGUUGGGUCACCCAAAACUACACCAGCUGCUAGCUGUCACCUUGUGGAAAGAGCAAAACUACAGUGAGUCUCGUUACCACUUCCUGCAUUCGUCUGACGGGGAAGGCUGUGCGCAGAUGCUGGUGGAGUAUUCAGCGUCACGAGGCUUCCGCAGCGAGGUCGACAUGUUUGUGGCGCAGGCCGUCCUACAGUUCCUCUGCUUAAAGAACAAAAACGGUGCUUCCGUGGUGUUCAGCACAUACACAGAGAAACACCCGUCCAUAGAGAAGGGCCCACCCUUCGUCCAGCCUCUACUAAACUUUAUCUGGUUUCUGCUGCUGGCAGUGGAUGGGGGUAAAUUAACAGUUUUCACAGUGUUAUGUGAGCAAUAUCAACCUUCCCUAAAGAGGGACCCCAUGUAUAAUGAGUAUCUCGACAGAAUAGGACAGGUUUUCUUUGGCGUUCCACCCAAACAGUCCCCAUCAUACGGUGGACUGCUAGGAAACCUGCUGAACAGCCUGAUGGGUUCGGGCGAGGAGGAUGACGCGGCUGAAGAAGCCCAGGAGGACAGCAGCCCCAUAGAGCUGGACUGAGCCUGCCCCAGGACAAAGAGAACAAACGAACACAAAAAAUAGAGGAAGACCACGUCGCCUCCCUCCUUCACCCCCACAACGAGAGUGGGGCGAGGCGCCGGUCCAUGUUUUCAGAGGCGUGCUGUUUCCAAAAAAGAAAAAACCUUCCCAGUCUUAAAAUCAGAGCAAGUAUCAGGCUGCCAAAACAUCCCUCUCAGCACUGCCGGGACUGCGCCAAACUGCAAACUCUUCCCGUGUUGAAUUAUUGUAAGAUUAUUAUAUUAUUUUAUUUUAAUCAUUGUUUUUGUUAGUUUGGGACUCUUGCUCUCUGUUUAAGUGGUAUGAUUUUUAAACAAGAGAUGACAAGCUGCCCUCUCCCCGUGAAAACCUGCUCCCAAGAGAUGGGGAAGGUUGGAUUCUCCCAGUGGAGAGGAUAGCAUCAAAUGUGAAACCCCUCUAUAUAAUGUUGUUGCUGACAUCAUUAUAAGAGUCAAAUCACUACAAUUAUUCAACUGUUUUGUUUGCCAGACCGCCACACGGAGCUCUAUCAGAGCCAUGGUGUUGCCGCAUUUUUCAGUAACUUUCUCCGUUAAAACUCUUUUUUUUCAGUAGUAAAUUAAAUUGUACUUGUAGUCAAUGCCAUCUCUGUUUCUCAUCUCUUUGUCCUUUUAGCAAUGUGGACAAAAAGACAACAAAGUUCUUUGUAAGUUAUUAUCAGAGGUCAUCUUGCGUCUUAAAUAUCAAACUAAACAAACCCUUUCUGCUCAAUGCCUCCUCCACUGUCAUUUUUUAUUUAAGACCCUGUUCAAACCUGGCAUUCACAUGCGCCUUGGGUGAUCAGAUCACAAGUGGACAGCUCUAAGUUCGUCUGUUCACACCUGGCAUUAGAAUGCGUCUCAAGUGACCACUUGUGAUCGGAUCUCAUUUGCUCUCUAUAUGGAAAUAAACACGUAGUAAACACACGGCUAAUACAGAAGACAUUGUGACGUAACAUUACAUGAAUGUCGGUAAUAAUAUCCUACAUAUUUGUGAAUUCGGGUACAUUUUAUGAACGUCAAAAUAUAAGGUUAUUGUACCGGCGGCACCCGGGGACCUCCGUGCCGCUGGCACCGCUGCCUUUGCCAUGUAACAGCAUGAUACUAAUGCACUUCCUAUGCAUAGUCUAAUAAUCUGUAGAUUAUGUAGCCUAUAGAUUAGAUAUAUUUUAAUAAAAUACAGUUGUACCAACAGAAUACAGUAGAGCACAGAGGCUGUUUACAUACCACGAGGCUUACGUCUGCCUGUUCACAUGAGGAGAGCAGUGAGACCCCGCAGAUCCAAGCAGGAAGGCCUUUGAGUAGGUGGACCUUAGCGUUGCCCAGGACACAUUAGCUUACACACUGCUAAAAGAAUGAGGCCAUAUGGGGCCCAGAUCACCUCUGAAUGCGGUCUAAGGAAUCGGAUCUCAAUGCGUCCUAAAUGCGUCUUGAGUGCGUUCACACCUGUACUUAGAGCUGUCCACUUGUGACCGGAUCACCCAUGACACAUGUUAAUGCCAGGUCUGAACAGGGCCUAAGUGAAUUACUGCAAACAUACAGCUGUCUGUAUACAAAUAGCUCCAUUGUAGAGGUCCCACUUUUUUGCUGUGCACUGGCUGAACUGUUCCUGUUUGCAUCUCCAAGAGGAAAUGUGUGGAAUUCAUAUUUUGCCAAGUCUCAAAAACUGUCUGGCAAUGAGGUGUUUGAAGCACUUUCCUGGUUGUCGGCUCCGACUGCCUGUCUGCAUUUCGCUGUGAAAAAUAAAAAGUCAAAGCUGGGGUUACUUUUCAAGUCUGUUAAGUGAUCUUAAAAAAAAAAAAUUAAAAAAAAUGAGACACUGUGAAAACCCGUCCGUUGGAGUGAAUCUCGCUUUUCAUGUUACAAAAUGCUAAUGUCUAAACCAGCUUACCAUUCCUGGCUUAGUCUUUUGUCCCAUUCCAUUUUUCCUUUUUAAUUUCCAUUAAACAAGUGGAUCAAUAGUCCCAAUAUCAGUUCAGCCAGUGCACAAUCAGAAGUGUGAUUCAAGCAAUAGCUACUGUUUAUCAGUGUUAUUAACUUUAUCUGCCCUCAGAGAUACACACUCUCUGCUCGUUCCUCUUGACGGCUUUCUCUUCUCACAUCUUUCGAUCUUCAGCAUCUUUUUUGUCCUCGUAGUGACAUUCAAUCAGUCCAGGUCUUGUCAGUUUUAGGAUUUAAAAAAAGAGGCCCUAACUGCUCCAGAUAAUCUUAAAGGGGGUCAUAUCCCCCCCCUGUGAAGUCACAUUUCAAUUUAAUACUAGGAAAGUCCAGAGGUCUUCCAAUGUAGAGUAAUGUUUAUUUACUUCUAUGUAAUUAUCUGUGUGGGACUGUGGAACGCCAUAAUGACCAAUACUAAAUUAGAAAUGAAUAAUUGUGUGAAUCAGUUGGGUAAAAUAUUUAAAUAAACCAAUACAUAAUUUGGUGAAACUCAACAAAUUUUUAGGGAAUAUUAUUUUAGGUUACAUUGAUGAGAAAAAAAAGAUGAAAUUAUUCCUUGAAAAUUAGUCAUUUUAAUAACAUAUUUAAUACAUCACAGGUUAAUUGGGUCCUUUUUAAACAUUUUACUAAUUUAUUGAUAUGUUUAUUUGUUUCAUAAACUUUAAUAUUGGCCAUUUUGGCAUACCAUACGGGACCGGCUGGCUCAAUGUCGUAGUGCUACAGUACAGGAGGACGGUUAGAAUAGUGCUGAGUUGUCAAUGUACUCUGCUGUGAUGACAUCUAUCUACUGCUGAAGCUACAGAGAAAGAGACCAGUGAUGUGGCAGUGGCUGUGCAGCGGAGAUUGGUAAAAGAAGAAAUUCUUCAAGAAAAUUGCAAAAAAAAAUAUUUAAAGGUGCAGUGUGUAGGAUCUGGCGACAUCUAGUGGUGAGGUUGUAGAUUGCAACCAACUGAAGCUUCUCCCGUGUGCCAAGCGUGUAGGAGAACUACGGUGGCCGGCGUGAGAAACGUUUCUUCCAAUAGAUCCCCCUAAAUGUUACACACUGUUCCUUUAAAUGACUCAGCUUUAACAGUAUUGUGUUCAACCGUUUAUGGUGACCGGCUCUUCCUGCAGGCCUCUCCGUUACAUCAUUGGAGUCCACCGUCUCAAGAGAAAUCCUGGCAAAAUUGACAUUCAGGUUCCUCAACGGCACACAUUUCCCAAUGCUUCAAUCAGUUCAUCAAUAUCACAGAACAUGCUCUACUACUCGCAUCACACGCCUCUUAUUAUUCAGUGUCAAUUGUCUCAACUUGUUUUCUUUGCUAACCUGAAAGUCAGUUUUCUUAGAAUUCUCCUUUAAUUAUAUGGCAGUAAAAAAAAAAAAGGUGUGUGACCAAAAGGCCUGUCUGUGUUAUCACAGUUGUUUGCUUUUGUUUUUGAUAAUAUUUUUCCUUUCAAAACUAAAGGGGAGUGUUUUGAUUCACUAAUUGAGUAAAUAAACUACAACUGAGAAGAGUUUGAGAAUGUCUUGAAACAAA